CAGCUCAGUCUGCUGAAAGUGAAAAAGAAGUGGCUCUUCCCUGCUUCCUGCAGCUUCUUCUUCCUGCUCUCCAUACUCAUGACUGGCUGCUUCCUGUGGCAGUAUCACCUCCCCAAGCUGAAGACCGGUUCCUUGGGACCAGAGGUGACCUCUGUCCCCGUGAGGAUGUGUCCCCAGCAUCCUGAGCCUGUACCCUUGGCUCACCCCCUCCCUGUGUUGAAGGAGGCCCUGGAAAAGGUGGACAGGCUCCUGCGCCAGGCACUGUCUGCCCCAGGCCUGGCUGCUAUAUCUGCAGUUGUCAUCCACAAUGACACCGUGCUCUGGACGGGGAACUUUGGAAGGAAGAAUGGUUCAGACCCAGCUUCUGGGCCCCCUAAUGAGUACACCAUGUACCGGAUCUCCAGCCUCUCCAAGAUCUUUCCUGUCCUCAUGCUGUACCGCCUGUGGGAGGAGGGCAUCGUAGCCUCUCUGGAUGACCCUCUGGAGCGGUAUGCCAGCACCUUCACCAUCAACAACCCGCUGGGCAUGGUGUCAGCCCCUGGACAACAGAGCCUGAUGGAUGGGCUGGAGGAGGUGGGCCCAGCCCCAAGGCCUUCGCCUGUCACCCUCCGAAGGAUGGCCAGCCAGCUCUCAGGGCUGCCCCGAAGGCUUCGCUCCACUUCUCUGCUGUGGAAGGGCAGCACCCAAGAGGCCCUGAGCCUGCUCAAGGAUGAUGUGCUGGUGGCAGACCCAGGAACCAGAUGCCAUUACAGCACACUGGCCUUCUCACUUCUGGCCCAUGUCCUAGCAGCCCACACGGCCCAGGGUGACUACCAGCGCUGGAUCUUGGAAAACGUACUGGAGCCGCUGGGAAUGGUGGACACUGGCUUCGAUCUUACACCCCUUGUGCGCGCCCGCUUGGCAGCUGGCUUCUAUGGCAGUGGGCGGCCAGCGCCGCUCUACGACCUGGGCUGGUACCGCCCGUCCGGCCAGAUGUACUCCACUACGGCUGACCUGGCCAAGCUGGCGGUGGCGCUGCUGGGCAACGGGCCACAGCGGCUUUUGCGGCCCGACGCGGCCAAGACGCUGCUAGCGCCACUGCUGGCCUGCUCCGGCGCCUACUUCGCCAACGAGACGGGCACACCAUGGGAGUUCCAUGUGCAGCGAGGCUAUCGCGUGGUGCGUAAGGACGGCGACCUGGACGGCUACGCUGCCACCUUCUCCCUGGUGCCGCCACUACGCCUGGGCCUCGUGCUGCUUCUGGCCGGGCCGAGGCCACCCGGUUCCGACCUGGUGGCGCAGGCCUACGAUGUGCUCCUGCCGGCCAUGGAGAGGGCCCUACGGGAGGCAGAGCUCAGCCCGGCUCCGCCGCCCAGCGCGCGCCCCUUUGCUGGCUACUUCACUUUCUCCAACUUGACUUUCUACGAGGUGCGCGCUGGGCCGGCGGGCGAGCUGCGCCUGCGCCAGUUCGGGCCUCGCGUGGAGGCGCUGGUGCCCCCGGCGUUCCGCACGUUGGCACUGCGCCACCUGCGUGGCCGUGUCUUCCAGCUCCACGUGGCUCGCGAGUUCCCUUGCACGCUUCCGCUGGGCGACUCCUGGCUGUCCCUAGAGGCUCAGCACGGGCAGCUAGUCAACUUCUACCCCUUGGACCGCCACGGGCUGUCCCCCGGCUUCGACGUGCCGGGCCUCAACACGUACCGAGUGUUGCGGCUGCUGCACAAGCCAGUAUUCAAAACCCAGUGACUCCGGGCUCUGUUUGGAGCCCCCCUUCUCUCACCUUCCAGCUUUCCAACCUCCUUUUGCAAGGUAAGGCUGUAGGGAUGUCUGUUAAAGAAUUUGAGGAGUUGGCAGAGUCAGGUAAGGCAGUGCUACUGAAAGGGUGGUCCACUGACCACAGCUAGUUGUGAACCAUUAUCCAUGGGAGAGGAAGAGUUAAGUACAGAAGUUUACAGAGCAUUUAGAAACUGUAAUAUCAUGUUGUGUUGACAGAGAACUUUUGUGUCUGUUGAAUCUGAGACAGAACAUGGUCCA